AUGAUGGGCAUCCCACAUCCACAUUUUAGUCCACCAGCUUCCACCUCAAUUAUUUCCCAUCACCGCGUGAAGCUGAAACCUUCGCCUCAAACUGGGUGUUCCUUUGUUGAUGACACUGUGAUAGUUUGGAAAUUCGGAGAUUGUCAAGUUGUUGACACACAAUCUAUAAAACGCAUCCCGUCUCAACGCAAAAGCAAACUUUCCUCUUGCAGGAUUAACUAACUGAUUAACUGGCAAGAUAGUGAGCUUACCUGAUCUGACUAGAUUGGUUGUAAAGUAAGAAAGCUCUCUGAAGAUACCCAAGAAACAAGAACCCACCGUUCGUCACAAACAUGCAUCACCAAAGUUGCCUCCCACAGGCUGAUGAAGACGCCUCUGAGAUCCUCCUAAUGAGCUGCGGUUUGGCGCAUCAACAGGACGAUGAGCUCAACCUGAAUAUCUCCUCUUCCUGCUGCCAACAAUCGCCUCGAUCCAUAUCGGGUAUAAUAGAGACCUUAGAUACCCCACAUCACGAAGAUCUACACCACGAAGAGCUACACCACUUCGCAGAGGACGGGAACGGAAACGUUGAGGUUGAGAUUACCUCCAAUCUAGCCGCACGAAUGGAUAGUUGCGAUAGCUUUGGAAGUGACAUUGGUCUACAAGCUAACGAUCCAUUCACAACACCCAAGCGACGAAGAUCGCUUUCUCACACUACCACCAACUUCCCCAGCCAUAUACCCUUUCCGUCGCCGAAGAUGGACUGCAGCACUAUUAACUGUUGUCAAGACGAGAACACAAAACCCGCUCCGGCGUCUCCCUGCAGUCCCACUAGUGUGCAGCAGAACGCAGGAGUCCAACGACAACGCACUCAAAAGGUCAUGGAUAGUCUGGAAAAGAUGAAUCUUGGUGCGGAACAAAAGCUAAUGCGUGCCGCGGCUUCGGUCGGAAUCGAUUCUUUGUUGAACGCCAUGCGACUACAUCAAGACAAGGAUCGGGUCCAACGAUACGGCUGUGCGUCGCUUCAGAAACUGGCCAGUCAGAAUGGAACCAAUCGAGCCAUGAUUGUCGACGCGGGAGGUGUCGAAGAUAUCUUGACUGCCAUGAACCGACACCAAGACAAGUCCAGUAUCCAAGAAUGCGGUUGCAUGGCGUUGAGUGCUCUCUUGAAGGCACCCGAUGGGAGUGCAGCCAUUGUACAGUUCAAGGGUACCGAGGUGAUUCUCAAUGCCAUGCGCGGUCAUCCGACCCAUGCGGGAGUUCAAAAGCACGGGUGCUUGGCGCUCCUGUGCUUGGCCCGUGCCAGCGGCGAUUGCAAUUCUUACAUUGCCAAUCUGGGUGGCGUCAAGGACCUUAUGAAGGCGUUGUCGUUACACCGAGGCGAUACAGGAAUCAUGGAGUAUGCUAGUGCGGCUCUCUCGAGUUUGGCAUACCGGAACCCCAAGAACAAGGAGACCAUCGAGCGGCAGAUAGAUGGAGGAAUGAGCGCCGUCUUGGAAGCUUUGAGCAACUACAGAGACGAUGGCGUUUGUCAACAGUAUGAUGAUCUUUCGUUGCAGUCCUUACAGUCGAUCAAGAGGAAUCGAUCAUCUCAUGGAGUGGAUGCAAUUCUUUCCGUCUUUGUGCGACCGCUUCAACAGCAACUGUAGUAAAGAAACAUACUAAAAUACAAAUGAAUACUUUUU